AUGAAUGGGAUUUUCCCCGCCGACCUUGCAGUCUAUCUGCUCCUGACUCCAGUCGUCAUUUACAUCUUCCUCUGUCAUCGAUGGACCGGGUUCCUGCCUUGGUACUACCUCACCGUUUUCUGCUUUGCCCGAAUUAUCGGUGGAGGACUAGGUAUCCACAAUAGCAACGGCCUACCUGCCAACAUCAUCCAGAGUGUGGGUCUUACCCCAUUAAUUCUAGCAAUCGAUGGAUUGAUCCAUGAAGCGCGAACGUAUCGGAAUCCAUCACAGGGCCGUGUCGUUGGAUUAUGCGUCGUCAUUGGUACCACAGGCAUCAUGGCUGCUGCUCUGGCCCUCACAAUAAUGGGUUCCUUGGAUAUCUUUGAGGGCAACCCCAAGCCUGACAGUCUGACGCACUGGAAAGCCGGUGUGGCUUUGAUUGUCGCGACCUGGGUUUUCCAGAUCUUCUGGGCGCUUUUUUCCCUCCUGCACUUUCAGGGAAAGAAGGAUGCUCCUGGAUACCGAGGUGGAACUACGCUCCUCCAGGGCGCCCUCAUCGCGCUUGCCUUCAUCGGAAUCCGUGUUAUCUACAGCAUGAUUAUGGUCGUUACACAAGACAAGGAUCUCAGCCCAAUCCACGGAACAAUUGCAGUGCGCGUAGUCCUCUUAUUUCUCCCGGAGGUGUUGGCAGCCAUAACAAUGAUCUUUGUGGGACUCCGGACAAGGCAUAUCCGACAGAAUUAA